AACCAGCUUUUUAUUCCCCUGUAGCUCUCUUGACGUCAGACAGUAAGCUGUGAAUUCUAAUGUUUAAAUGAAUAGGAGCUUAUUGGUAGCUAGUGAUGAGCAAGGGGUGUUUUUUUUUCCUGUGGAAGCCAUUGCUGUUUCUUUACAGCGUAAUGAAUAAUUUUCUCUGACUGUGUGGGAACUUGAAUUGCUGCAAGAGGAAAAAAAAAACACUGAAUUCUGUACGCUCCAUAGGUGGCACUAGGGAAUGGUACAUCAGAUUCAGCACUGAGCUUUAGACGUGCAAAAAAACAGAGGAUCAUUUUGAAGCCGUCUGCCUGGAAGAAAGGAUUCCUCUUUUAAAAGAACAAACAUGUCCGCAAAGGAAAGGCAAAGAAUGAGAAUUACAAAGGACAGUGUCACAUUGCUGCCAUGCUUUUAUUUUGUGGAGUUGCCUAUUUUGGCUUCAUCGGUGGUGAGCCUCUACUUUCUGGAGCUGACGGAUGUCUUUAAACCCGUUCAUUCAGGAUUUAGCUGCUAUGACAGAAGCCUCAGUAUGCCGUACAUUGAACCUCACCAAGAGACCAUUCCAUUUCUGAUGCUUCUCUGUUUGGCAUUUGCAGGACCAGCAGCAACGAUAAUGGUUGGUGAAGGUGUCCUGUACUGUUGCUUAUCUAAAAGAAGAAAUGGCAUUGGAGCUGAAGCCAACAUUAAUGCUGGAGGGUGCAACUUCAAUUCAUUCCUGAGAAGAGCUGUAAGGUUUAUAGGGGUCCAUGUCUUUGGCUUGUGCUCUACAGCUCUCAUUACAGAUAUUAUACAACUCUCAACUGGUUACCAGGCCCCAUAUUUCUUAACUGUCUGCAAACCCAACUACACUUCUUUAAAUGUAUCCUGCAAGGAAAAUCCAUAUGUUCUAGAAGACAUUUGUUCGGGUUCAGACACUGCAAUCAUAAAUGCUGGAAGGAAGUCGUUUCCGUCUCAGCAUGCUACACUUGCAGCUUUUGCAGCGGUCUACAUCUCCAUGUACUUCAAUGCCACUUUAACAGACUCCUCCAAACUACUAAAACCUUUGCUAGUGUUCUCCUUUAUAAUUUGUGGAAUUAUAUGUGGUCUUACACGUAUAACCCAAUAUAAAAAUCACCCUAUUGAUGUCUACAGUGGAUUCUUACUGGGUGGAGGGAUCGCAAUUUAUCUGGGCCUAUAUGCUGUUGGAAACUUUCAGCCCAGUGAUGACAACAUUCCACAGAAACCUCCCCCUCCCCCACUUAGAGAACCAUUAAGGUCGUUAACAGAGCUUAGCCAAGACACAAGCAGGAUAUUACCAGGAAAGAAUGGCGGUAGUAUCGACGGCAUGUCUUCUCAUCCCUCUGAAAUUAUAUUAAACAGAAACAACCGAGAAUCAAGUUCACUCACAAACAUUAAGAGAGCAAGCACGGAUGUAGAGGUUAUCACGCCUCGAAGUCCUAUGGGGAAAGAAAAUAUGGUGACAUUUAGUAACACUUUACCUAGAGUGCAUACUCCAUCUUUAGAAGAUCCAGCUAGAAGAAAUGCAACAAUUCACGCCUCAAUGGAUUCUGCCCGUUCAAAACAACUUUUGUCUCAGUGGAAGACAAAAAAUGAAAGUCGAAAGUUGUCAUUGCAAGUUAUUGAGACAGAGGCUGGAUUGUCACCACAAAGAGUCAUAGAAAUGAGAUCAAGUUCUGAGCCUGUAAGAGUUGGUGUUAAUGGAGAUCAUAUUGGCCCAGGGAAUCCAUACAUUAAACUGCAACCUGGUAGCGUACCUGGCUGCAAUAAUACCAGUAUACCAGGUGGACCACGAGUAUCUAUUCAAUCACGCCCUGGAUCCUCUCAGCUUGUGCAUAUUCCUGAAGAAACUCAUGAAAACAUCAUAUCAACAUCUCCUAAAUGUAGUUCAGCUAGGUCAAAGUGGCUUAAAGUGGCAGAGAAAAGUGUUGCUUGCAGAAGCAACAGUCAACCAAGGAUCAUGCAGGUGAUAGCAAUGUCCAAACAACAGGGAAUGCUUCAAGGAAGUCCAAAAGGUUCAGAGGGAAGUACAGUGAGUUGCACAGGAUCUAUAAGAUACAAGGCACUCACAGAACAUGAACCUACAAAUAUUGUAAGAAUUGAAGCCCAUCCAGAAAACAACAGGCCAAUUAUCCAGAUGCCUUUAGAAGGCGAAGGAAGUGGAUCCUGGAAAUGGAAAGCUCCAGAGAAGGGAACUCUGCGUCAAGCAUAUGAGCUAAAUGACCUCAACAGAGACUCAGAAAGUUGUGAAUCAUUAAAAGACACUUUUGGGACUGCUGAACGAAAAAGAAGUAACAUAGAUAAUGAUCACCUUCUUCAUGGGAUUACCACAAUACGAGUUACACCUGUGGAAGGAAGUGAAAUAGGCUCAGAGACAGUGUCUAUUUCUUCAAGCCGCGAUUCCACUCUUAGAAGAAAAGGCAACAUCAUUUUAAUCCCAGAGAGAAGCAACAGCCCAGAGAGCACUCGAAAUAUUUUCUACAAAGGAACAUCACCUACGCGUACCUACAAGGAGUGAAAAAAAAAGCCUGAAGUCUCCAUUGGUUUAACCAGUUCCUCUGUGAUAAAGCUUGUGCUCUUAUUAGUUUUGGAGAUAAUGCAGAAUAUAAAACUCAAUGUGCCAAAUUCCAGAAUAAUGAUCGGAUGACUUGAGGUGAAAGCAAGGCCGAAUGGACUGGAGAAAAUCAAACUAGGGUUUAAAGGAAGAAAGAAAAA